GCAAACUGCGCUCGGAGCAGGCAGACAGUCAGCGGCGUAGCGAAGGAGUGCAGGCGGGGGGACGGAGCGGACACCGGCCGGUCUGUGGACGCUGCACACCGGCAGUCAGGCGGGCGCUGAGCUGCGAGGAGGACGAGCCUUCAGCUCUCAGGCACACCGACGCGUGGGUGGAAAGGUUUGCGGCAGCUGCUGAGCCAGUGAAGGUCCAUCAUGGUCGUGUCGUUGCGGAGCUGGCUCGCCAACGAGGGAGGGAAGCACUUUGUCCUGAUGCUGUGGCUGGGGGCGAACACCUGGCUCUUCCUGAAGACCUUUCUGCUGUAUUUCACUGGACAGCAGUAUCACUAUCUCUACAAGAUGCUCGGGCUAGGGCUGUGCAUCAGCAGGGCGUCUGCGUCCGUGCUGAACCUGAACUGCAGCUUGGUGCUGUUGCCCAUGUGUCGCUCCCUGCUCACUUUUGUCCGAGGAACACACACGGUAUCAAGCAGAGAGACUCGCAGACUGCUGGACAAGAGCAAGACCUUUCAUGUGGCAUGUGGUGUUUCCAUAUGUAUCUUCUCUGUUGUACACGUCUCUGCUCACCUGGUGAAUGUGGUCAACUUCAGUGGACGCUACUCAGAGGACUUUCCUGCUCUCAAUCUGGCUCGCUACAAAGGAGAGGACCCCAAACUGAUCAUUUUGACCACAAUCUCAGGACUCACAGGCGUCCUCUUGGUUCUCAUCCUCUUCCUGAUGUUCACAUCCUCCUCCUACUGCGUACGGUUGUCCAACUAUGAGAUCUUCUGGUACACGCACAACCUCUUCAUUGUCUUCUACAUCAUCCUCAUGGUGCACAUGGUCGGGGGAGCUCUUAAGUAUCAGACCAACAUCGAGGCCCACCCUCCAGGCUGCCUCAGAGCCAAUCAGAGCAGCACAGAGCAGCAGGGCGAGGAGCUGGAGCAGGGUGAGGAUGAAGAGAGGAGAUGCGGAGAGGAGGCUCACUUCCUGCCACACUACCCCCAGACAUGGCUAUGGGUGUCCGGUCCUCUCUGUCUUUACUGUGCCGAGCGUUUCUACCGCUACAUCCGCAGCAGUGACCCUGUUACCAUAGUGACAGUCAUCAGGCACCCUUGUGAUGUCAUCGAAUUGCGCAUGCUCAAGAAGAACUUCAAAGCUCGUCCCGGACAGUAUGUUGUUCUUAACUGUCCAGGUGUCUCUUCAUUUGAGAACCAUCCGUUCACGCUCACAACGUGUCCCACUGAGAACAAGGAAACUUUUGGCAUCCAUCUUCGAGUCGUGGGAGACUGGACUGAGCGGUUCACACAGCUGUUACUUCCUGAACCAAGGAUGGACAUGGAGAUCCUUCCCAUGGUGCAACAAAGGAGAUAUCCCAAGCUUUACAUUGAUGGCCCGUUUGGAAGUCCAUCAGAGGAAGUAUUCAACUACGACGUCAGUGUUUGUGUCGCGGGUGGAAUAGGAGUCACGCCGUUCGCCUGCGUGCUGCAUGCUCUACUUGACGGCUGGACGGGUUUCAGGUUGCAGAGGUUGUACUUUGUGUGGGUCUGCAGGGAGCUCCAGUCCUUCUACUGGUUUGCUGAACUGCUGUGUGCGCUCCACCACAAGCUUUGGCAGGAAAACAGACCGGACUACUUUAAUCUGAAACUUUACGUCAGUCAGACAGACAACAUGCAGAGCAUGUCUGAGGAGAAGUACCGUCCACUCACCUCAAGGCUUCAGGUUGGUCGACCCAGGUGGAAGUUACUGUUUGAUGAGAUUGGGAAGACCAAUAAGCAUAAGCGAGUUGGGGUUUUCUGCUGUGGACCAAAGGGAAUCUCCAGAACUCUCCACAAACUGUGUAACUCAUCCAGAUCCUCUGGAACAACCUUUGAGUUCAACAAGGAGUCCUUCAGCUGAUUGAACAUCAGAGCUGGUUCUACACUUCAACCUCACUGAAAAAAACUUUGAAGUUUGACAAAAUAUGAAACUGGCCAAAAGAACUUGAAUAUUCAUGGACUGUAUUAUUAUUUCAUAUGCAUAGUCACAAAAAGGCCCAGCAGGACAAGACCUUAACAUGCCGCUUCAGGCCUGUUCCUCUCUACAGACCAGCCCGACCCACAACUGACGGCUCGAAAACCUUCAGCUUCAGCAUCUGAUCCGAUCGACCUCUGAGAAAAGCUGAAGAGACCAGCGCGCUGCUCGGCUCCUCCACUCAGGAUGCUCUGUGUUUCUAAAGUUGCUGUUGGAUUUCCUGUUUUCCCUGACACACCCUUCUGUAAAGUAAAUUAGUUUUCUCAUGCUCGCUUGUUAUGUGAGAAAAAUGUCUGACAUAACCUGCAAUUCCACAAUAAAAAACAAAACAAGA